AGGUUUAUGGUGCACAUUCAUGUUAUGGAUGAUAGUGGGUCAACUACCUUUGUGUUGUUUGAUGGAGUUAUUUCACAGCACUUUGGAAAGACUGCAAAAGAACAAAUGGGAAAGACCACAAAUGAUUAUCCAACCGAGUUUGACACCUUAGUGAUAAGGAAAUGCUUUUCAAACUGGAGAUCAAUCAAAAAAAUGUUGAACAGAGGUUUUAUACCUAUGUAGUCAAAAAGAUGUCCGAUGACAAUGAAAUCAUUGAUGAGUUUAAGAAAAAGUAUUAUAUUGAGUGUCAUACUGCUCCUCCGAAUGGUGAGGAAGAUGAUGUUGAUAUCAUAGGUCCUAUUACUCCCCAAACUGAUGAUAACAUUAAGCUUCUUGGUGAUGAAGCUAAUUCUAUUCCUAAAGAUACUCAUCCAUCCAAGUCUUUGAGAAAGAGAAACGCCGACUCAGAUGCAACAUAUAUUGACGUUGAUUGUCAAACUCGGUCGUCCACCACUAAAUUGCAGAAAGUUGUCAAAAUUAAGCAAGAACCUGAAGAUUGAUAUUUUAGCUCUUCUUAGUCUACACUACUUAGA